AUGGAUACUCAUAAGUAUCAAAAAAUUAUACAAAUUUCAACGUGCAUUGAUCAAAAUCUUUCAUCAUCAAAUAUUCAACAACAAACUAUCAAAAAUGGUUUACAUCUAUUACCAAAUGAAAUUUUAUUUUGUAUAUUUGAUUAUCUACUACCUAUCGAUAUUGUUCGAGCAUUUCAAUAUGACUUACCACGAUAUGGUAUACUUAUUCAACAACAUAUUGUUGUACAUGGUUUUAAUUUAGUAAAUAUUAAGCCGAAUGAUUUUCAUUUAUUACCAAUAUGUUUAUCGCUGAUCAAACAGCAACAUCUAAGUAUAUGUGUUAAUGAUAAUUAUCUAUCAACUGUACUUAACUCUGUACCAUCACUUAGUACACUUACUGUAAUUCUUAAUAGAUCUUUUGAACAAAGUUUUCUAUCAAAUAUUCAACAUAAAUCAAUUAAUUGCACGAAAUUAAUACUUCAAUAUACACCUAGCAAUCAUCGUCAAAUGAAUGAUAUUGAUAUUAUACCAUUAUUAUCAGUAUUAGUUGAUACACUCAUUCUACGUAAUGUUGUUUUUCUUGUCGAUCAGUCAAUAACGCAUUAUACUUGCAAUUCAUUACGUCAUAUUCGAUGUAUUUUAAAAAAUGAAAAUGAUCUUUAUCAGCUCUUAAUACGAUCUCCUAUGCUAAUAUCAAUUGAUAUACGACUUGUAUCUUAUGAAAUACUUGAAAUUUCAACAGUAUUACCAUUACCAAAACGUUUUCGAAUAGAAUAUCCAUAUGGAACAAUACUUAAUCUAAGUAAAUUUCCUGAAGAAAUCAGAUAUUAUGAUCAAACCAUCUAUUCUCUUCCUUGGUUGGAAACAAAUUCUUCUUUAGUACUUCGGUCUUGUAAUCCUCAAAACUAUCUAAACAGUUUUCCUCAUUCAUUACCAUAUAUUCAUCAACUUACGAUUGAAUGUACAUCAGAGCCAUGGUCAUCUGAAUUCGUUAAAUUUCUUCAUCAAACAUUUCCAAAUACACGUACGCUAUAUGCGAUGCAGGAAGAUAAUGGAAGACGAAUAGUAAUGACAAUUAUUACGUCAAAUGAUAGAAAAAAAGGUCGAUGUACAUUAUAUCAACCGUAUCAUCAAACGUCAAAUGACUUAACAUCACUUCCAGAACCAAUACGUUUUAUCAAUACUGAUCGUGUUUAUUAUUAA